AAAGAAAAAAAUAAAGAAAAAAAUAAAAAAAAUAUGACCGAUAAAAGUUUUUGGACAAAAGUAAAUAAAGGAGCUUCUCUUCCGAACGAACCUGUAUUAGUCGAAGGCUAUUUUUCUAAAAAAGGUAACUAUACAAAUGGAAGGCGAUAUUUUAGAGUUUACAAUUCAUUACUAUAUUAUUUUGACGAAAAACACACAGAUGUUGCUAAAGGAUAUUGUGUUAUAGAUUUCGAUUUACAUUUUGAAAUAAUAAGAUCAAAAGAGAAAAAAGAAGGAUAAAAUUUAGGUCAAGCAAAAGGGAUUAUUUUAGAUAAAGCAAAUUUAAAAACUGAGUUGUCUACAAAUGAUGAAUCUUUAAUACUUAAAUGGAGAGAUGUUUUAAGAGAAAAAAUAAACUAGAGAGGUUUUCAUGAAUAAUAUAAAGCAAUUAAAAAGAUUGGAAAAGGAAACUUUGCAAGUGUAAAAUAAAUUUAUUUAAAAUAAUGAUUUAAAUUUAAUAUAAAAGGUAUAUUUGGCAGAAAGAAUUGAAGAUAAUAAAUCUUUUGCUGUAAAAGCUUUCGCAAAAGAAGCUGCAUAUUCAUAAGAAAAUGGAAAAGAAGCUUUAAUAAAUGAAAUAGAAUUAAUGAGAAGUUUAAAUCACCCUAAUGUAAUAAGACUACAUGAAGUAUAUGAAACCGAAAAUUCUUUAUAUUUAAUUCUUGAUUUAUUAGAAGGUGGUUAAUUAUAUGAUAAAAUGAAAGCAAAAUAUAAGUAUUAUUUUUUUUUAAAAAAAAAAAAUUAUAAUUUUAGAUUUUCUAUAGAUGAUACUAGAUAUAUGAUAAAAGGAUUAUUAGAAGGAUUAGCUGAUAUGCAUAGUAAAAACAUAAUGCAUAGAGAUUUAAAACCAGAAAACUUAAUUUUUAAAAAUAAUCAUUCUUUAGAUAUAGUUAUUGCAGAUUUGGGAUUAGGAACAAGAACUGACGUAACUAAAUUCAUGUUUGUUAGAUGCGGAACACCUGGAUUUGUUGCUCCUGAAGUUAUAAAUAUAAUUGAUUUUGAUUUAAAAUAUGAUUCUAUAUGUGAUAUAUUUUCUUUAGGUCUUAUUUUCCAUUUAUUACUUAUAGGUAAAUCACCUUUUAAUGGAAAAACAUAUGAAGAAAUACUAGCUUAAAAUCGUGCCUCUAAUAUUACUUUUGAAGGGGCUGAAUAUUUAAAAUUGCCAUUAUAAGCUUAUGAUUUGCUUAAAAAAAUGUUAUAAAAUGAUCCCAAAUAACGUAUUACUGCUAAAAAAGCAUUAUCCCAUCCUUUCUUUUUAGAAACAGUAAAAUUAUUAUAAUAAUCAGAAGAUGAUCAUAAUAAUUUAUCUGAAUAUGAUAGGAUUAAAAAAAUUGAAGAUAAGAAUAGGCUAAAAAAUAUAAAUUCACCUAUGCCAUCUCCCUAAAUAUUACCAACUAAAGGCAAAAAAAUAAUAUAGGAUGAAUAGGGAGUUUUUAAAAUGCCUAAUACACCUAUAAUGACAGGUAGAACAGAUGAAGUUUCACAUGAAGGAUCAGGAUUUAACUCACCUAGUAUUUAAUUAGACUCCAGAUAAAUCAAAACUAUGGGAAAAAGUCCUUAAGUCACUAAGGCAAGUAUGUUUUCUCCUAAAAUAACUUUUGCAGGUAAAAAUGUUACUAAAAUGCCUGAAUAGAUAUAAGAAUAAAUUGAAGAAGAAAAGAAAAAUGAUGAUCCAGAAUAAGCUAAAUAAGCUUAAUAAAUAAAAAAUAAACUUAAGAAUUUAGGAAUUUGA